UACACCCUACCACACCCUCCCUUUUUUAUCCUUAUACCCACCAGUCUCCACCUCCUUCUCUCAAACCCACUUAUUCACAGCCUCCAAAAAACCUCUCCAACUUCUCUUCUCUCUUCAAUGGCUCGGUUUCCUCUGUUCCAUCCAUUUUCCAAAUUUACCCUCCUCUUCCUCGCUACCCUCCUGUCCACAGUCGUCAUUUCGCACCAGCAGCAACCCCUCCUCAGCUCCACCGAGCAAGACGCCGUCUACCAAGUCCUCGACUCCAUCAACUCCGCCAUCCCCUGGCGCUCCCUCUUCCCCGACGACCUCUGCUCCUCUGCCCCACACGGUGUCGUUUGCGACUUAUUCUCCAACCCCGACGUUUCUUUCGCCGAAACGGCUCACGUCACCGAGCUGAGUUUCGGGUACGUUUCGGACUACACGCCCAACCCGCCUUGCUCUCCCAAUUCUACCAUCGACCCACUUCUCUUCACGUCCUUCAAGUACCUCCGCAAGCUCUUCUUCUACCAAUGCUUCACCGAAAUGCGCGUCUCGGUCCCCGAAAUUCCGCCGAGUUUCGGUUCAAGUUUGGAGGAGCUCGUGUUCGUGGACAACCCGUCUCUGGUGGGCUCCAUCGGUGGCAUACUGGGUAAUUUCACCAACUUGAGGAGGGUAGUUCUGACCGGAAAUGGGUUUUAUGGGAACAUCCCAGACGGGGUUGCCCACCUAGUCAACCUGGAAGAGUUGACUCUGUCUCGGAAUCAACUCCGCGGCGAAAUUUCUCUGAGUUUUGCCAAGUUGAAGAAACUGAAGGUUCUUGAUCUGGGUUAUAAUGGUUUUGCCGGAAAUGUCACUGAAUCGGUCGGUAAUCUCUCGGAGCUGUUGAAGCUAGACUUAAGCUCCAAUGGGUUUUCUGGUAAAAUCCCAGAGAGCUUCAAGAACAUGCAAAGGCUAGAGCUUUUGGACCUCAGCCUCAACCAGUUUAGUAACUCUGGGAUUCCUCUGUUUUUGGCUGAGAUGCCUCAGCUGAAACAAGUGCAUUUGAGUGGGAAUUUACUGGGAGGGAAGAUUCCGGAAAUAUGGAAAAACCUGGGAGGUAUUUUGGGAAUAGGACUCUCAGACAUGGGACUGGUUGGGGAAAUUCCAGCUUCAAUGGGUGUGCAUUUGAAGAAUCUGAGAUACCUUGGGCUUGACAAUAACAAGCUUGAAGGGACAGUGCCUGAGGAGUUUGGGUUCUUGGAAUCUGUGAAUGAGAUUAAUUUGGAGAACAAUAGUCUGAGUGGUAAGGUUUCAUUAUCUCGCAGUUUUUCUGCCAAAAUUGGGCACAAGCUGAAGUUGGCUGGAAACCCACAACUCUGUGUUGACGAUGGCUUCAUCUUCUUCUCCAAGACUAAGAGUGCUGCUGGUUUGGAGCAAUUGAAGGUUUGCAGAAAACCCCAUAAACCUAAUCCUGCCCUUCUCAGUGUGGUUUCUUCUUCAGUGCAGGUUGUUGUUCCUUCUAAGCUUCUGUUUGCCACUUGGGUUUUGUUCAUGCUUAUCUUUGCUUAAUAAUUGGGAUUAGACUUAAUUGAGUUUUUUUGUUUUUCCUUGAGAGAGCUUGGGAUUAGGUCAUCUAACAGAUUAAGAAAGGAACAGGUUUUAUACUGACAUGAAGAUGAAUUUUGGAUGUGCAGUCAAUGUGGUGAUACAGUGGAAAAAACUAAUGUAAUUAUGGACUUUUUUUAAUGGAAAGUGCAUAU